AUGACUCCCCGUCGCUCUUCUCGUGCUCGCACCUCCCAACCCUCGCCCGCCGUUUUUCAACACACAAAUUCGUCUAGCUCCUCGAACUCCCUCACUCGAGAAAGAAGUACUAGAUCGAAUCACAAAAUUCCUUCUCCCAACCGGUCCCAGUCCAUCGACGACGCGGACGAGGGCUCCAAGAAUGACUUCCCACAAACGCGCCAGCGACAGCGCACCAGGGGCGAGGAGGACAAUGGGAUAAACGGCGAUGGAGAGGAGGAGGAACCGGAAGAAGAUGAUGAGGAAGAGGUGACCCGAUGUCUUUGCGGCCAGCAGGAAUAUCCGGGUCUCCCCCCUUCUCGUCGUGAAGCUCUCGGUCGCAACGGGGUUCAUGGCAAACUCAAGGAGGAGUCUGCUUUAAACUUGUCCGCAGACUCGUCAGAUUUGAUGUCCGAUGAGAUCGGCAGCAUGUUCAUCCAGUGUGAUUCCUGCAAAGUUUGGCAGCAUGGUGGUUGCGUGGGAAUCAUGGAUGAAGCGAUGAGCCCCGACGAAUAUUUCUGUGAAGAGUGUCGGAAAGACCUCCACAGAAUAAAAAACGAAUCCAAUGGGUCAGUGACAACUUUUCCUUUACCCUGA